AGACAUGGAAAGUGUCGCAUGGUGCCCCGCCCGAGAAGAGACUCCGGCCCGGCGAGGCUCCCGAAGAAUGAAACGUACCUUUGGCCACUUGGACUAGGGCGGCGCAACAAGGCCUCGCCUUUGUGCUCGUAGCCUCGCACAGAGAGAAGAUGGCUCCCGUUUUGGAGAAGCAACUCCCGGGCGUAGCCGGGACGGCAGGCGACAACAACAACGACGAGGAAGAAGGACUAGACCUUUGGACUUCAAUACUGAGUGAUGUAUCUACACGCUCAAGUUCAAAAUUGCCAUCAGGAAAAAACAUUCUGGUAUUUGGGGAGGAUGGAACAGGGAAAACUACACUCAUGUCUAAACUUCAAGGGGCUGAACACAACAAGAAAGGAAGAGGGCUGGAAUAUCAAUAUUUAAAUGUUCAUGAUGAAGACAGAGAUGAUCUGACACAAUGUAAUGUGUGGAUCCUGGAUGGGGACCUGUACCACAAAGGCCUGCUCAAGUUUGCGGUUUCCGCUCAGUCACUAGCUGAUUGCCUUGCCGUGUUUGUUGCGGAUAUGUCACGGCCCUGGACCAUUAUGGAGUCACUACAGAAGUGGGCCAGUGUGCUACGUGACCAUGUGGACAAACUGAAGAUUCCUCCCGAGGAGAUGAGAGAAAUGGAACUUAAGAUGGUGAAAGCGUUCCAGGAGUACGCAGAACCAGAGGAUGCGACCCCUGCCUCUCCGCAAAGACGGGCACUGGCGGCAGGAGAAGAUGAGGCUGUUGUGUUACCACUAGGGGACAACACACUCACGCACAACAUGGGCAUUCCAGUUCUAAUAGUAUGCACAAAGUGUGACUCAGUCAGUGUAUUGGAGAAGGAGCAUGACUACAGAGAAGAACACUUUGAUUUCAUCCAGUCCCACAUCAGGCAAUUUUGCUUACAAUAUGGAGCUGGUCUAAUCUACACCUCAGCCAAAGAGGAAAAGAAUCUCGAUCUUCUUUAUAAAUAUAUUGUACAUAAAUUGUAUGAUUUUCACUUUAGCAAUCCUGCCCUAGUAGUGGAGAAAGAUGCAGUGUUCAUUCCAUCAGGGUGGGAUAAUGACAAGAAAAUCUCCAUUUUACAUGAAAACCUAACAACAGCCCGACCUGAAGAUCCAUUUGAAGAUUUUAUUACUAAACCUCCAGUUCGAAAGCUGGUGCAUGACAAGGAGAUACAUGCUGAGGAUGAGCAGGUAUUCCUGAUGAAACAACAGUCUUUGUUAGCAAAACAGCCAGCCACACCGACAAGAGGAGCUACCGAAUCUCCAGGAAGGACAGCGUCAGGUUCUCCCAGGCCUGCAGGACGUGCUGGGCAGCCCACUUUGACCAGUGGUUCUCCAAUGGCUGCUGUUAAAAAGCCUGAUGCCAACAUGAAAGCUGGGGCUGCCAGUGAGGGCGUAUUGGCCAACUUCUUCAACAGUCUGUUGAGUAAAAAGACAGGAUCCCCUGGGAGCCCCGGAAGUGGAGCUGUUGGAGCUGGGGCGCAAGGCUCUGCCAAAAAAACAGGGCAGAAGCCGGGUUUGACUGACGUCCAGGCUGAGUUGGACCGAAUGACACGCAAACAGGACCCCAUGCUUUCAGCCAACAACAUAGCGCCGCAGACUGAGAAUGAAGCAUGAAGUCCACAAAAAGAGCUGCAUUGUUCACCACGUUAAUAACUGAAAUUCAAAUGUACAUGUGAGCAUAAACAAUUGACCAAAUUCCCAACGUCUAUAUCAGAACACAGCAGGUUUCACCAAAACCCAUUUGGGACACUAUCAGAUGUUUUGGUGUUCUGGUGCAAGAGAUUGUAAAGAGAGGGUUAAUAAGAUGAUAGUGCUGAAGAUUCAGUCCUCUCCACUUUCAGUGUUAUCCACCAAGUUGUCUGUGGGGAAAUCCAUGGAAAUGUGCACACUUACACUGGCAGCGACCCUGAUACACUGGGCUGCAGGCCUCCCAGUAGCUGAAGUAUAUUUAAAAAGAAUGGGGGGGGCAAAAACACUCCUCAUGAGUUUGAAAGUGGAAACACACUGGCCUUCCCUCAGCUUGUCUCAUGGAAAGAAUUGGAUUGGAAUUGAAAAGUUAUUUAAACUUCUAAUUGUAUUUGUCAUGAAAUGUCAGAUGUUAGCAGUCUAAAUUAGUUUGCAAACAAAAUGUUGGGGUUAUUGCUGAUGUAUUUAUACAACCUUCCUCCUUUUUAUUUGUGUGCAACAUUUAAUUGUUUAAGGAGAUGAUCUUCAACACACAUGCUCAAAUGCUAAUGAUACCUUGAAAUAAGUGUGACAAAAUCUGGAUAGCUGAUAGCACAAUAUUAUCACCCUCGUCAUAUCGAAGGAUUCUGUAAAUAAGUACCAGGAAAAAAAAUCUCUUUUCUGUAAAUACAGUUCAGUUCCAAAUCCUGGCGAUUGCCUCUUUGACUACGUUGACAUUUGACAAGGCUGUGAGGGUCUAACAACAUUUUCUUUAGCUACAGGUGUGUAUAAUUGGGAAGGGGGUUGGACAGCAUCUUUCCUACUAUAACUCCCAAAAGUGCCUCAUACACUAGCUGGUCAUGGAUCAGCAGAGUCGCUUUUGUAUGCGAGAGGAAUUGCACUGUAGCGCCAUCAGUUGAAAGGUUUUACUCCAGUUUUGGUCAUCCAAAUAAUUUAUUUUAUUUUAUUUUUUUUUUUUUUCAUGUACAUCAAGCCUGUGGUUGUUAUUGUGUUAGGUUUUUUUUUUUUAUGGAGGGGGCGUGGCCUCGUUGUGGUUUCAAAGAGAAAAAGAUCUAACCAUCUGAAAAUGACUUUUCAGUGCCAGAACACAAUGAUUUGCUGUGAUUUGAAACAAAAUAGCAUCCUUUCCAGUUCUAUUUUUCAACUUCACCCCACCGUCUUCCCUUCUCCCCCAUGUUGUAUACACAUCGUUCUUAGAGAAAACAUUCCGUUUCUACAAUGGAUGAGAGGAAUUACUUUCCUGUUGGAAACUGGUUUGUUCAUUCAGGCCUUUUUAUUUAGUCUCCCGUUUAGUGCUCUCAAAUGCCUUCAAACGAGACCCUGCCUUUGCAGCAUUAUUUUUGUAACUCAUCAAAUUAUCUGUCAGUUUUGUUGCUUUAUUGACAGAAGCUUCUAUUUUUCCACUCACUUUCACAUACCACUUGAUAAAUCGGAAGAAAACAGCUGCUUGUUUAACGGUCCAAUAUUUUGACUAUUUAGCCAUGAAUAGAGUGAUUGAUUAUCUAACCUGGACUAAGUAGAAAAGUGUCAAUUUCAUAAAGAAAAAAAAAACCACCUUGGUUUUGUCAUUCGGGUGUCCAGAAAAGGUGCCUGACAGGUCCUUUUGUUUGAUCAGUUUUGUGUUUGCGUUGUUCGUAUUUGGCUAGGACCACCCACUUUUCUCUGACUGGUUGGCAACGUGUAGAAGACCCACAUAGAAGCGCACAGGUGUUAAGUUGAUAGCGGUGGUUCCGGAGUGGAUAGGUAAGGUGGAGCUCUUUGCGAGUGAUGUAGAUAAGUUUGAGAACUUCAAAUGACCUGAUUUCAGGCCCUCAGAAAAAAACAUUGGAAAUAAGAAAUGCAUGGGCAAUUUUAAUCAUAUUUCACAUUUACUGAAGCACCACAGAAACAAUUUUACAUGCCAAACUAGAAGAAGUUGGUUUGGUCAAAUAUGGGACCUUUAAACAAGACUAGCAGCGAAUAGGCACAAAGACUCAACUGAAUUGUUCACUACCACUUAUUUGUAUUUGUUGUCACCAACUCACCAUACAUCUUUCUGUCCCAAUAAAUAUUUUUUUCAUAAAAAUGCUCGGAACCCUGCUAAAAUUACAUUGCGGGUUUCUGGAACCAUAUAGGUAUACAGAUAAGUUAGUGAGUGAUCUGAUAUAUUGUGAGAUCCCAUUGCACGCUGAUUACUUUUGAACAACAUGAACCUGUUUUUGUUUGUGACCAUAUGGCGUAUGCAGUCAAUGAAGCUCACCUCCACAACAACCAGGACCAGAACAUGUUUAUAUAAGCACUUUUCCUUGGACUUCCGAAUCAGUUUCCUUUUGUAAUAGUUAAAGAAACAGAAUUCAUACUUUUUCGCCUUGCCUUUUGCGCGCUUAGCAAUGGACUGACAGUAUAACAUAACAUUAUUUAUCUGCAAUUGCUGCUUACAUAUUGGAAGGUAUUCCUUUUGGUUAACUAUGAAUACCCUCAUUUUGAUUUUGUCGAAAUUGUGCAGUGAGUAUUUUUGGACAUCUCGAAGAUAGCCCAAAUGAAUAUCCAUUGACAUAUUUGCCCAAGUUUCCUUUUGUAUGUUUCCAAUUUUGUUUUUUUUGUUUUUUUUUUUCCCCCAUUUUACAUUUUCUGUUAAAUUUUAAAAUGUCGCUCCAAGAUGACUUAUGAUGAGUUUAACCUUGGUCACAGAGCUGUAAAUUUGGUGAAAGGAACGAAGUGCCCUCCUACUGGUUGCUUUCAUAAUUGCACAUGUAUUUUGUGAUGACUGGAUGUGUUUUCCCAAAAUUGAAUAAUGUGCUAAUGUAACUUUUGUAUCCUGGCUUCAAUUGAAGUCAACUGUCACUUGACAACUUUAAUGAAUUGCCUUUGACCACUCACGGCGGUCGGUCCUCAUGUAUGAGACAACAAGCUUCUGUUAUCACUCCUUUUAUAUUCAGGAUAUCAGGACAUUAUAAGCAUUCAAAUGGAUGCUUAUUGUGUACUGAAUUAAUUCAGAAUUUGAUUGUACGACUUUAACGCAAUUCUUUAGCCUCUAUGCUGCCAUGUGGUUUCUAGCUUGUGCCGAUAAAGAUAAGGAAAAUGCUUAUAUCCCGGCUUCAAUAAAAUAAUGAAUUCAAA